CAGCCACGUCUGCAUGCUGAGGAAGACGGGUGAGGCGGUGGCCAGAGUGGCAAGGAAGGUCAACAAAACGGUGGCGAGCGGCUCCGACACCCUGGAUCUGGCCGAGUGCAAGCUGGUUUCCUUCCCCAUCGGCAUCUAUAAGGUCCUGCGGAAUGUCAUCGACCAGAGCCACCGCAUCAUGCUGGCCAACAACGAGCUCAAGUCCCUCACCAGCAAGUUCAUGACCACGUUCUGUCAGCUCCGAGAACGCCGCCUGGAAGGGAACUUCCUGCACCGCUUCCCCAACGAGGUCAGCACCCUGCAGCACCUCAGGGACUUCCCGGAGCAGCUCACCACCCUGCCUGCUCUGGAGACCAUCAAUCUGGAGGAGAACGAGAUCAUGGACGUGCCCGUGGAGAAGCUGGCUGCCGUGUCCGCCUUGCGCCUCGGCAACCUGCACUUCAACCCGCUGAACGCUGAGGUUCGCGUCAUCGCCCGCCACUCAUCAUGUCUCAUGUCUCCAGAGGGCGCGUGGGCCCUUGCACGCUAG